ACAGCAGGUUAUUUAUCCGCAGGCUGUGCGGAUUUAGGACCUUGAGGAUGCCAGAUGUGUCUUAAGACGCCAGUAGACUACAGUUGCAUUGACCUGCCGAUACCGCGAUAAAGCAGCAGCAGCUCUCAAAAGUUGAGCCAGUCGAACCAGAUUUUGCGCUCUGACGCACGGUGGAACAGCAGCGAUGGGAGCUUCACAAACCAAGACGCACACCAGGCAUAAAUACCAGGACCUGGCGGAUAAAACAGGAUUUUCUUUGGAGCAGAUUCAGAACCUUCACAAAAGAUUCCAGCAACUGAGUAAAAACGAAGAGACGAUAAGCAGAGAGAACUUGGACAGCAUACCAGCGCUCGCCAACAAUCCAAUAAGAAAGCAAAUUAUUGAAGCCUUCUUCGAUAAAAGGAACCAGCAUAAGGAGGAGGAGGAGGAGGAGGAGGAGGAGGAGGAGGAGGAGGGCUCCCUCAUGGAGAUUAGCUUCGAGCAGUUCCUCAUGGUCAUGUCCCACUUCCGCCCUCCGACCCUGAAGACGACGGACGAGGAGAGGGAAGCUAUGAGAAAGGAGAAGCUUCGCUUUCUGUUCAACAUGCAUGACACAGACAACGAUGGCAUCAUCACUCUGGAGGAGUACAGGAAGGUGGUGACGGAGCUUCUGUCAAAAAGCGGAGCCAUCGGGCAAGAAGCUGCCAGGGCGAUAGCAGACGCUGCCAUGUUGGAAGUGGCGAGCACAAAUGUGCCUCACAUGGGCCCGGAUGAAAUUUAUGAAGGAAUAACAUUUGAGCAUUUUGAAGAGAUUUUAAAAGGCCUUGAGAUGGAGACCAGGAUGCAUAUCCGCUUCUUGGAUGUAGACACUAUAACAAUGCGUUGUGGGAAAUCAAGCUCAUGAAGGAGUUCUUUUGAAGAAAUGUUUUAUGUUGCUGCUGUUUUUAGCAGAACCUUUCCAGUCCUUAAAUGGAAUGGAGCCCCUUUUGAUAUUGGGUAUGCACUAAUAUUUUUGGACAGAGAAUGAGAAAUAGUCAUAUAUGUACAUUUUUAUACAACUUACAAAGACCGCCUGCUGCUCCUGCAGUUCAAGGCUUUGAAAGACAGUGGAGGUGUUCUAAUACUUGAGUCACUUCUGUAGUUAAUUCAUUUUUCAAACACAUUCCAAAGAGAUUAAUUUCCCCUCUCUUUUGUCACAGUACUAUUAAUUUUUAUCAUAUUUAAAACUAACACACUACCUCUCGCUGAUUUUCUGUCUUCUAAAACUAAGCUGUUUUACAAAUCUGUAUAUAAUCAGUGUGUAAUGUAAAGGUUUCUUUGUGCUUUUGGUCCAGAAGGUUGACAGAUGAUUUGAAGUCAGUCAUGCUCAGUGACUGCUCUGGCAUUUAUGGGUCAUCUGUUAUGGCCAACAUCCAAAGCAUGAGAUUACAGGCACAUACCAUUCCUCUGCAGCUCCAGAAUAGUUGCAGGUUUAAUUUAUCUGUUCCUCUGAGACUUUGUGUAAUCAAAUACUGUUGUUCUACUCUGAAAAGUCAGCCACCAAGAAUGAUGAACUCUCUUUUGACUGCAAGUAUAUAAAUACUUUCCCAAAGAUGAAUUAUUACAGACUUUGCACUGAAUUAUAUUAAUGAACAAAAUAAAUUGAAGUCAUUAUGAUA